AUGACAGGUGAAUGCCUGCGUUUAUCGAAUUUAUAUGGACCUAUUCGUGCUCCUGUAAUUCCCCAUAUUCCUGAAAUUCCUCAUCUUCCUGAAGUUGUUGAUCCUUCUUUCCACGGAAAUAACGAGCAUAGCAGCAAUCAUGGUGGUGACGGUGAAAAUGAACAUCCUGGCAUUGAUGAAGGUCACCCACAUGCAUCCCAUGAAUCUGCCGAGAGCUCAUGCAAAGACGAUGACGAUGACUGUAAAAACAAUAAAAUUGCAAUAAUUAUCACUGGUGGUGUUGUUGGAUUGAUAGCACUAAUCUUUUUUACUUACGCAUGUAAAAAAAGCCGUCAAAGUCAACGAUCAAAGUCAAAUGUACCUCCGGUGCAAAGGGCAACUAAUCCAGCUUUUGGGCUAAAUAGAUCAAAAAUUAAUAUAUUCAAAUCUGGUAUUUGGGAAAGAAGUAGAUAUCCUCAAAAUGAAAUUUGGCAUGGACCUCACCAACUGACACUUUGGUUUGAUCCUGAACUCACGAAUGUAGUUGGGUCCGGGACGGAUGACAUGGGUAUAUUUUUCGCUAUUGGUACUUAUUCGAGUGCAAAGCAUGAAGUUACCUUAAGCAAAGGAUAUCUGGAAUGUACUGAUCAUCGGCUAGAAAUUUUGAAUUCUAAAAUUACUAUUCAACUGGCGUGGAAUUCACAAAACAAUCAAUUUGAAGGCAAAUGA